CUGCUCGGUAGCUGGAGGCCGCCACGGCGCUCCGUCGCAUCUCGGUACCUGGAUGUUUGGGACCCUCCAGGAGUCCAGAGUAUCCCAGCCUGAGGCACUCCCAGUUUCCUGUCCCCACCGGGCUUGGGGGCAAAGGUUACGCGAGAGUUUUGUUAAGAGGAUAUCGGUUCACUGAUGGCUCAGUUGGGAGCAGUUGUGGCUGUGGCUUGCAGUUUCUUCUGCGCAUCUCUCUUCUCAGCUGUGCACAAGAUAGAAGAGGGACAUAUUGGAGUGUAUUACAGAGGUGGUGCCCUGCUGACCUCCACCAGUGGCCCCGGUUUCCAUCUCAUGCUCCCCUUCAUCACAUCCUAUAAGUCUGUGCAGACCACUCUCCAAACAGACGAAGUGAAGAACGUACCAUGUGGGACCAGUGGUGGUGUGAUGAUCUACUUUGACAGAAUUGAAGUGGUGAACUUCCUGGUCCCGAAUGCAGUGUAUGACAUAGUGAAGAACUACACUGCCGACUACGACAAGGCCCUCAUCUUCAACAAGAUCCACCAUGAGCUCAACCAGUUCUGCAGUGUGCACACGCUCCAGGAGGUCUACAUCGAGCUGUUUGAUCAAAUUGAUGAAAACCUCAAGUUAGCUUUGCAACAGGACCUGACUUCCAUGGCCCCGGGUCUUGUUAUCCAGGCUGUACGAGUGACAAAGCCCAAUAUUCCCGAGGCAAUCCGCAGGAACUAUGAACUGAUGGAAAGCGAGAAGACGAAGCUUCUCAUUGCUGCCCAGAAACAGAAGGUGGUGGAAAAGGAGGCAGAAACAGAGAGGAAGAAAGCACUCAUUGAGGCAGAGAAAGUGGCUCAGGUUGCAGAAAUCACCUAUGGGCAGAAAGUGAUGGAAAAGGAGACGGAGAAGAAGAUUUCAGAAAUUGAAGAUGCUGCGUUCCUGGCUCGGGAGAAGGCAAAGGCUGACGCUGAGUGUUACACUGCUCUGAAAAUAGCAGAAGCAAAUAAGCUCAAGCUGACUCCGGAGUAUCUGCAGCUGAUGAAGUACAAGGCCAUUGCGUCCAACAGCAAGAUUUACUUCGGCAAAGACAUCCCCAACAUGUUUAUGGACUCUGCAGGUGGUCUGGGCAAGCAGUUUGAGGGGCUGACUGACAAGCUGGGUUUCAGCUUAGAAGAUGAGCCCCUAGAGGAAACCACAAAGGAUAAUUGAAAAAAAUGUAUAUACCCUGA